AUGACAGCUGGGCGCUCAAAUGGAACCGCAAAUAGCUCCUACGCAGAAUUUCUCCUGCUUCCAUUUCCAGGCCUUCAGGAAUCCAGAUACCUGCUCGCCAUCCCUUUCUUCUCCUUAUUUGUUUUUAUUGUCACAGCAAACUCCAUCCUAAUAUACACCAUGAAGGCCGAAACGAGCCUCCACUCCCCAAUGUAUCUGCUCGUUGCUCUACUCUUUGCAGUCAACAUCUGUGGGACUUCCGCCAUCCUUCCCAAAAUGCUGCUGAGUUUCGUGUUCCACGCCAGCCACAUCUCCCUGACUGGCUGCCUUGUGCAAAUGUUCUUCCUCUAUUUUUCAACUGGUCUAGACUGCAACAUUCUUCUCAUGAUGGCUCUGGACAGAUAUGUCGCCAUUUGCCACCCGCUGCGCUACACAAACAUCAUGACCACCAGACUCCUGAAUUUGCUAAUGCUUGCAUCUUUCAUUUACACCAUCUUUGUUGUUGGCCCAGUGGUGAUCUUGGCUUCGCGGGUGCGGUUUUGUCGUUCCAACAUCAUCAGCCAUUUUGCCUGUGAGCACAUGGCUCUCAUGAGGCUGUCCUGCAGCGACAUCUCAGUCAACAAGAAGGUGGGGAUGGCCCUCAGAUGCAUUUACAAUAUCAUCAACUUUAGCUUCCUUCUAGCUUCCUACAGCAAAAUUAUCCACACAGCUGUGAAGAUCUCAUCCGGCAACGUCCGGCACAAAGCCUUCAACACCUGUGGAACCCACCUGAUCGUCAUCUUCGUGAGCUACUCUUCCCGUUUCUCUUCCUCCAUUGUCUUCCGUGUAGCCAAGUCUGCCUCGGAAGAUGUCCACAAUCUGCUGAGCGCCAUCUACCUGCUGUUCCCCUGGGCUGUCAACCCCAUUAUCUAUGGUGUGAGAACCAAAGAAAUCAGGGAGAACCUCUUGAAACUCUUCCGAAGAAAGUUCUCUCCCUUUUAA